AUGAAGGUGUUGAAUAUUUGUUACGGGACGCCGCUGCUUUGGCAGCUUGCAGCCUGCCAAAACGUUCCCUCUGCGCCGUCGGCUGAAGACUUUGUGGCUAGGAGAGAGCCUGCAAUUACUAUUCUUAACGACCAUCUCUAUAUCACCGGUGGAUCGUUUUCGCAGCUCGUCAAUGGGACGAUCGCGAUGAACGGCCCCAGCGCCGCAUGGCCAUUGAAGGAUACCUUGUCGGUAAGCCUUAAGGAGUCAUGGGUUAACUCAACGGUACAGUUCAAAGUGACGAACCAGACGGCCCCGUCAUUCAAUAAAGCGGCGUUCUGGAGCGACCCCAACCAACCGACUGCAUACCUGUGGGGUGGAUGGUCCCGCGAAGGCAAAUUGCCUACGACGACGGAGCUAUGGCAGUUUACGGCCAACGACGACGGCGGCGGCGAGUGGAGCAGGCCGGACCCGGCGAACCCGGACGUGCUGAUACCGCUCUUGCGCACGAACGGAGCCUCGACGGCAACGUGUAAGGGCAAAGCUCUGUACCUCGGUGGCUACCAGAGCAAUGUUACCGACUCGCGGUGCCGGACGGCCAGCAAAUUGCCGACCCCGGGUCUGUUGACGUACGACAUGGAGACGAGGAUUUGGGCCAACGUCUCGGCUGCCCCGGGCUUGAACAGGUACGGCACGUCGAUCUACGGGGCCGCCGCCUGCGCAGAGAACCUUGGCCGCAACGGUCUUUUCUUCCCCAUUAGCGGUCAGCUCGCGGAUGUCCUGCCGGACUUCAACCAGAUCAACAAUGCCCAGUUCAUGAUGGACACGGCAAACCUGACGUUUUACGACGUCGGAAACGACAGGUGGUAUUGGCAACAGACGUCGGGGGAUAACCCGGACACGCGUGGCCGCCACUGCGUCGCGGGCGUGCAAAGCUCCAAUGGCACCUACGAAAUAUACGUGUACGGCGGCAACGACUUCCGCGACGGCAGCGACGACAUGGUCAAGUCGGACCUGUACGUGCUGUCGCUCCCGGGCUUCGUCUGGUUCCGGGCCAACACGACGUCGGAGCCGCGCAGCUCCCACGCGUGCAUCGUGAACAACCGGCAGAUGAUCGUCGUGGGCGGCACCGGCGCCGGCGGCCACGGCAACUACACGGAGCCCGAUGUCUGGUCCCAGGGGCUCGGAGUCCUCGACUUGCCCUCGCUGUCCUGGAAGCACCAGUACGAUGCUGAUGCCGGGGAAUAUGAGCCGCCGCAGGCCGUUGCCGAUUGGUAUAAAAAUGGCGGUCUUGACUCGGUGGAAUGGCACGAUGACGAAGUGAAGGCUCUCUUCGUCACCAGCGACAACGUGACCAACGACGAUGCAUCUUCCUCGAACGGGCCCAUCAUCGGUGGUGUCGUGGGCGGGGUCCUAGGCGUGGGCCUCGCCUUGGGCGCCAUCCGGUUCUUCAUCCGGCGCCGGCGGCGACGACGGGCCGCGGCGACCUUGGCCAUGGCGCCUCUCCCGUCCAGCGACCGUGCCGAUGGCGGCUACGAUCCCCCCGUCUCGCAGAACUACCAGCACUACGCCAUUGAGCUCAACAAUAGCUCGGUGCCGCACCACAAGCAGCGGCUGGGAAUAGGUCACGGCCCGUACGAGAUGGGCGUCGAGCACAAGCCCCACGAGACGCUCUUGGAAGAUCGCCCGUUGGAGUUGGGGACUGAGAAUAGGCCGCAAGAGUUGCCUGCGCGGUAG